AUGGACAGCAGAGAAGACGCACUCCUGCAGAGCGAGGCAUUUUCCCUAGAGGAAAUCUUCGAGAGCGAUAUAACGAACGAGGAAAACAAAUCCAUCAUCGACUAUUUGAGACAAGUGCAAAAUGAGAGGAACCAACUUCCAAGUACAGUUAGUGUGAGGAGCAUAAAAGCGGCAGAACAACAAAGUGGAAACAAUGAAGCGAAAUCGAAUUCAAUGCAUGAAAUAUUUCUAGUACUGGACAAAUAUAAGGAGAUUAAUUUGACCAAGUACAACUGUUCCACAUGGAAGGAGGACGUUGUACAUUACGUGAGAAGUGUGAGGAAAUAUAUACACAGAAAAUACAACAGGAAAAUAAUAGAUGGGUUCAAGUACCAUAGUGCUAAGUGUGCUGUGCUGUCAAAACUGAAAAAAAAGGAAAACUUAAUUUCUGUUUUUUCUUCAUCUCCGCUGUGCAUUCAUUUGUAUAUCUAUGGCAUUAACUACAAACAGGUGGUUCACUACCUCCAUGUGAUAGCUAGCCAUUUGGUUUAUCGGAAGGAGGAGCAUUCUUGGAUGUUAUAUGUCUGGAUUAUUUAUUUGCUCAUUUUGCUGGACUCGUUACAAGCCCUUGACUCGAGCGUCUCUUCCGACUUGCAGACAAUCAAGCGGGCUUGCGCGGAAAGGGGGGAGACCGUAGAGAAUCACAACGCCCUGGACUCAAGCGAGCUAACUUUCCUAACCCAUUUUUAUUGCAACUCACCAAAUGGAGUAAGCAACACGGAGUGCUCUUCCCACUGCCCUCAAUCCAUUUAUUACAUAAUUUACUACCUGAUCACUGAAAUAUUUAAUCAGAAAUGA